GACAGUUCGGCAGAGAUUUUUUCACCCUCCCGCUGGCUGUACGGAAAUUUUGCAGUGAGUCUAGUUAAUUAAGAAAAUCCCUGUAGUAUUCAUAAGGUUAGUCCUUCAAGAUCACGUGAUGUUAUUAUAUUGGAAAAAUAUAUCUCAGAUUUCGCACAGGGAGCCUUAGAGUAAGCACAGAGAUAAGAAUCGUUAAUUGAACGUUCUGAAAUCUUUCAACGAAAGUUAGUUAAAUUAGUUAAAGACAUGCCCUAUGUUGUAAUUAGCACCAAAGUGCGGCUGGAAUCAGGGCCCUGCACUGUAGGAGACGCUGAUAGCGAUAAAGAACUUAUGGAAUAUCUAGAUGCAACUUUAACAAAAAAAAGCGGUAAUAAUUUUUACGAGUACGAAACUAGAUAUGUGCCUCGAAUGGUUCUGAAUAUGUUAGAACAGCGAGGUUAUUAUGUUGUAGCAAUGACCGGGGUAGCGAGGGAUUUCCGUUGUAUUGUAGGCGACGAAAGUAGCGAUAGUAACAUGAUGGGUUAUUUAGACGCCGAACUGGUGUUAAUUCCCGUUGAGGGCGGAAGAUCGAGGAGAUUGUACUUGACAAGAGAUUCCCCUUGCCAAAUUAUGAAUAAGUUAGAAAGGCGUAAUUAUCAUGUAAUAGCGGCUACCGGAUAUGGUCAAACAUGUACUUGGACACUGUACUCAAACUGUGACAAAAUAGUACCUAAUGGACACUUUCGUGUUUUCCAAUCUUAUUGUUAA